UUUGCAGGUCCUACAACUGUACAAAUGGUUUCACAAAAUCGUCCCCCACCACCAAUGACAGUGCCAGUACAGGUGCCUCAGGGUCAGAUGGUACAGCCGUAUGUCAAUGAAAGUGGCACAUUGACACAUGUGGUAUUGUCACCGCAACAAUAUCAGCAGUUACAUGCCGGCCAAGGACACAUACAUCCAUCAUUUAUUGCCAAUGGUACAACCCACUAUUAUGCCCCCAUGCCAAAUGGUUUUCAACCAGGUACAGGAGCUGCGGCGCCUUAUCCUGUCAAUCCACAUGGCCAUAUGGCGCCACCACCCCAUCAACCAACAACACCGCAACCUGCACAUCCACAACAACAGCAGCAGCAACAAAUGACCAAUAUGACGAAUACAACACCGACACAACAGCAACAACAUUCACCAAUUUCACAUUCCGCCAAUCAUUCGCCAUCACCACCUAAUAAUCAGAACAACAACAAUAAUAAUACUUAUCACAAAGAUGAAAGGACACAAAGACAACAUAAAAAAUUGUUAAGGAAGUUGGAGAAGAAACAAGAAUAUAAUUCUGUUGUUUCUUCACCCAAUCAUUCGCCAUCACCCAGACGCCAGGAGCCACAAAUAAAUGGUCACAAUGGAUCUUUAAGGUCACAACAUGCCAAUCCGCAGCAGCAGCAGCAACAACCACGUAAAUCCCAUCAACAGCGUAAUUACAAUUCCCAACCUUCCAACAACAACAACACCAUUAGCAGCAGUCAUGGCUUUAAUUCCAACAACCAAGGUGCCUCCUCUUCAAAUGCCUCAUCCGAAGAAGGUGAAGGCGAUCUUGUGGCCACAUCCGCCAUAAAUGGCCUACCACCCGACCAACUAGAAGAGGAAGAGGAUUGCCAAGGAACCAUCCUGGAACAAUUAUCGGAUAUUCAAAAACCUGAAGUCACCGAAAUAACACCACGUUCCGCGAAAAUUCUCUGGGAUAUACCGCAGAGUAUCAAUGAAUCGGCCUCUCAACUAAUCAACUUGGAAGAGUUGCGCUACAAUGUCCUACUCAGUGAACGUACAAAAGAAUGUAAAUUUAAAAGUUUCUACAAUGGUUCCUCAUUCGAUUGUGUAUUGCACGAUUUGAAACCGGGUCAAGAAUAUGUGGUACGUGUGCAGGUACACUAUGAACAUUUGCAGGGCACACCUUCGGAGCCGGUGGAAUUUAGCACACCAGCCUGUGAGCCGGAACGUCCCACAGCCCCAAGGAUGGUAAUGUCCUCAAAGAAUUCGUUACAUUUGCGUUGGAACAAUACCCUCUGUAAUGGUUCGCCAAUCCAGCAUUAUAUCCUGGAAUAUGAUGAAGGUCGAACCGGACCCCUGACCAAUGCCAAUGGCGCGGAGAAAUCCAUUAAUUUUGUUGAGGCUGUGAAAACCAAGGGUCGCCAGUACAUUGUCACCAAAUUGCAACCAUCCACAUUGUACCAUUUCCGUUUGGCGGCCGUUAAUGAAAUCGGCCCCUCCCUAUAUUCUCCCAUAUGUUCGGUGACUACCCAAGGUAAUCCUCCGGCUGCCCCCAAACCUCCCACCCUACAAUCGUUCAGCUCUUCCUCCCUCCGUCUGCUGUGGGAGAAACGCCAAAGCGAUGGUGCCACAUGCAUUUACAUUUUGCAAAUGCUUGAUCGUGAAUCCGGUCAUGGUUAUUUGAAUGUCUACAAUGGCCCAGACUGCUCAUACGAAUGCUGUAAACUGCGCAGAGCCACAUUGUACAACUUCCGUUUAAAGGCCGAAAAUGAAUCGGGUCCCUCAGCAUGGUCGCCCGAAGUUUCCUAUAAGACAGCACCCGAAAGACCUGGUCGUCCGGGUAAACCAUAUGCUAAGGGAAAAAUUCAUGGCACCCACUUUCGUGUACGAUGGGAGCCACCCACAGAUAAUGGUGGUGCUGAAGUGCAGCGUUAUUAUCUCGAAAUAAAUGCCGGUGGCCAGAAAUUCGAACGCAUCUAUUCCGGUGCUGAGUGUGAAACAAACUGUGAUCGUUUACAGCCCGGCACCACCUAUCAACUGAGAGCUUCCUGUGAAGGUCCCGGAGGAUUUAGUCCUUAUUCAGAGAUUGGUCACAUAACCUCUGAAGCUGUAGUACCUGCUGCUCCUCCGGCACCCUAUUUUGACACUACACUUCCAUUUGCAGCCGUACUGAGAUUAGAGAAACCUGAUUAUAAUGGUGGAGCUCCUAUUCUAGAAUAUGAAGUACAAAUUCGUAGACCAGGCGAUCAAGAGCCACCCACAUUGGCGUAUCGGGGUAAAGAAGAUUAUUGUGUGGUAAAUGCCCUACAGCCGGGAUGCCAAUAUGAAGUUCAGGCCAGAGCUGUUAAUCGCAUUGGAGCCGGUGGUUGGUCUCCCUGGUUUGAAUUUUCGUCAGCUGCCGCCCCACCCAAUAACCCGGAAAAUCUGAAAGUCAUUGUAAAAUCGGCGACACAAUUGCAUGUAACAUGGCAGGAGCCGGCCAAUAAAGGUGGGGCUGCCAUAUCGGAAUAUCGUCUAGAAAGUGCUACUGCUAAUGCCUCGUCGUCGUCGUCCUCCGCGUCAUCUUCAAAAGAAGAAUCCAUUCCCGAACCCCCACCAGCAUCGGCAUUCCAUAUAUGCUAUCAAGGUCUGCAAUGUAGUACCGACCUGCGGAACUUACUACCCUUUACCAGGUACUAUUUCCGUGUAAAUGCCUGUAAUGUGGCUGGCAUGAGCAAAUGGUCACCCGUGGUUAAUUGUCAAACACCCGCAGCUGCCCCCUCACCACCACAAAUCAAAGACUUUGAAUUUACCUCCAAUGAAGCCACUCUUCGCUGGUCCACACCCGAAAACAAUGGUUCACCCAUCAUUAACUACACCAUUGAAUACAACAGUGCACCGUCGAAUGUAACCACCAUAACUACGCCUGACGAUAAAACCGAAUACACGGUUAUCAAUUUGCAGCCGGAAACCUCCUAUAAAUUCAAGGUACAGGCCAUUAAUGCAAUUGGCUCGGGUCCCUUCUCUGCAUAUGCCAAACUGACAACAUUGCCUUCGCCACCCUCACCACCGAAAUUGGAAUGUUCCGGGGUGGGUCAUAAUUUCAUAAAACUGAAAUGGGGUGAUGGUAAAAAUCUGGACUUCACCAAAUUCUAUGUGGAAAUGUACGUGCAGAGGGCAAAGGAAUUUCAGGUUGUCUACACCGGUACGAACUGUAUGUGUAAGGUGAAUAAAUUGCAGGAACGUACAUGCUAUAAAUUCCGAAUUUGUGCGGGAAAUGAUCGUGCCGGUGUGGGUGAAUAUUCCGAGGAAUAUGUUUUCACCACAACCCCCUGUUUUCCGAGUAGCAUUAAGGCACCGCGCAUUGCUCAAAAUCUAAACCCGGCAUUGGGUGGUGCGACUGGCGGCACUGUGGCCACGGUGAAUACCAAUACAACAACAUCGUCGACGACGUCGACAAUAACGGGAGGUAAUACACCAUCAAAUGCUAAUGUCAUACCCUCAGGUCUUAUACCCGAAACACCUAGCUAUCCCACGGGUUUGGGUAAUCUAAUGUUGGGUGUACCGCUCACCCUCGAGUGGCAACAUUCUAAGAAUUCGUUUAGCGAUCGUGUGGAAUAUAUGCUGCAGUAUGCCAUCGGCAAAGAUGGUAAUUUUAAAAUGAUCUACCGUGGUAGUGAGACCAAAUUUACAAUUGAAAACUUGGAACCAGCAGGCCUAUAUCAAUUUCGUGUAUGCCCCAUACGUGUCACCAGCACGGGCGAAGAUCUAUUCGGUGCAUUUACAUCACCAUUCCGUUAUGUGGUACCGCUAAUACCACCGCUUGAAGAAAUCGAUGAUAAUCUCUUGACCAAUGCCGCUGCAACGAUGAUUGCUAGUCUCAAUGCUGCUGGGGCAAAUACCGAGGGCGGUGCAGCCACCUGUCAUGGCCACUCGCAUAAUCAUCAUUCACAUUUGCAUCACCAUCACGCGACCGUACAUGCGCAUCACAACAGCCGACACAGUGAUAAUAGUUUAGCAACAACAUCCAGCGGUCUACAUCAUCGUUCCGUUUCGGCCAACAGCAACAGUAGUAAACAUAAUAAUGCCGCAGCAGCAUCGGGCAAUAAUACCUUACUUAUAGGCACAAAUGCCAUGGGCUUCAUACCCAUUGGCAGUGUGGCCAAUGAAUUGGCAGCCAAUUUUAGCGGUUGUGAUGAUCCCAAUCACAAUCAUCAUCAUCACCACCAUCAUCAUCAUGCCUUCCAUGACAACAACGGAGUUGCCAGCGGCAACAGCAGCAGUGGCAGCUCUCAUCAUCAGCACAAUAGUCCAGUGUCGUCGGCUCAGAGAUCCAAUGCCAAUACGGCCACAUUAUUGGCCGCCAGUGCCGCCAAUCAAUUAUUUGCCAAUAAUCCCAUUCUCUUGCAGGCAGCCACAGCUGCCAUAAGUCAUCAUCAGCACAUUUUGGAUAAUCAGCAACGUCACAAUCAACAUCACGGCGGCGGCAGUGUCCUCAGACGUUUUGUGCAUCGCCUUAGCUCGGUGUAUACGAAUCGCAAACGUUUCACCGAUCAAGAAAAGGCCGUCAUAUUUAUGUUAUCAUUUUUAUUCUUUACAUUCGUAUUUGCCACUUUUGUUAAAAUGUUUAUGCGCUAA